UCCGGGGGUAGUAUUUGAACGGAACCCCCGUUGCCACUUCAAAUCAGACCCGCAAUCGACCACACUCCACCUCGCGAUGCCGCUCCUCCUCCUCCUCCUGAUGCUGCUCGCCGCCGGCGCGGCGGGGGCAGAGUCGGCGACCCCUUCGCUUCCCAUCGGCGUCAACUACGGCGCAAACGCCGACAACCUCCCCUCCCCGACCUCCGUCGCCACCUUCCUCGCCACCAAGACCACCAUCAACCGCGUCAAGCUCUUCGAUGCCAACCCGGUCUUCAUCUCCGCCUUUGCCGGCACGCCCAUCUCCCUCGUCGUCUCCCUCCCCAACUCCGCCCUCCCCGCCCUCGCCGACAAGGCCACCGGCCUCGACGCCGCGCGGUCCUGGAUCCGCGCGAACCUUUCCCCCUACGUCCCCGCCACCAACGUCACCCUCCUCCUCGCCGGCAACGAGAUCCUCCUCUCCACCGACACCAACCUCAUCCUCUCCCUCCUCCCCGCCAUGCGCCGCCUUGCGCAGGCCCUCAAGGCCGAGGGCCUCACCGGCGUCCGCGUCACCACCCCGCACUACCUCGGCAUCCUCGCCCCCUCGGACGGCAUCCCCUCCAACGCCACAUUCCGGGCGGGUUACAACACCAAGCUGUUCCCGGCCUUGCUCCAGUUCCACCGCGACACCGGGUCGCCCUUCAUGGUGAACCCUUACCCCUACUUCAGCUACCGGCCGGAGACGCUCAACUACGCGCUCUUCCGCCCCAACAGCGGCAUCUACGACCCCGCAACGAAGCUCAACUACACCAGCAUGUUCGAUGCCCAGAUGGACGCAAUCUACACCGCCAUGAAGAAGCUCGGCUACGGAGACGUCGACAUCGCCGUCGGGGAGGCCGGAUGGCCCACCCAGGCCGAGCCCGGGCAGAUUGGCGUCGGGGUGCAGGAGGCGAGGGACUUCAACGAGGGCAUGAUUCGGGUGUGCAGCAGCGGUAAGGGCACGCCGCUCAUGCCCAACAGGACAUUCGAGACCUACCUCUUCUCCCUCUUCGACGAGAACCAAAAACCUGGGCCAAUCGCCGAAAGGCACUUUGGCCUCUUCAACCCGGACUUCACGCCCGUCUACGACCUCGGACUCCUCCGGGACGGCUCGUCUCUUGCUCCAACCCCUUCACCCAAUCCGAGCCCUAAGCCCUCGCCGUCGGGAGGCGGGAAGUGGUGCGUUGCCAAGGACGGCGCCAACGGGACGGACCUGCAGAACAACAUCAACUACGCCUGCGGCUUCGUAGACUGCAAGGCGAUACAGAGCGGCGGCGCCUGCUUCAGCCCCAACAGCUUGCAGUCUCAUGCGUCGUACGUGAUGAACGCCUACUACCAGGCCAACGGCCACACCGACUCGGCGUGCGACUUCAAGGGCACCGGCGUCGUCACGUCCAGCGACCCCAGUUACGGGGGUUGCAAGUACGUCUCCUGACGGUACGCAGCAAGCUACGGCAGUACGAGGGCGGGGGCGCCAGCCUUCAGCCCACUACCAUCUCCAUCUCGGAGCCGCGGUGGCGGCAGCGACGGAGGACUGCUGAUACUGCCGGGCUUGCGCCAUGUUCUUCUAUACUCGUGUCUGACAGCCAUGCUUCUUCUUCCUUUCUAGUCAUAAAUAUAAAUAUCAAUCAUCGCCUCUUAGCUUAGCGCAGACAGGCGGCUGUAGCGUGAUGUUGGGCCGUAUUGCAUUGAACCGCAUUAAUUUAUUUUUCGUUCUCUUCUGUGGUUGUCAUUGCAUUUCAUGUAGAAAAUACAAUAAACGAAUAGAGGUAGCCUUGGUAUGUA